CAAGGCGGCCUAUCAGAUUGGUUGCAUAAUGGAUAUUGGAAACUGGCUGGCAGGAAGCCUUAAGAGGCGAGCAGCUAUCUCAAUUUUUCUCACUUAAUCUUGGCUUCACGUCAGAAGCUGUGCGGCAGUGCAGUGGAACAGGGCCUGGCGGAACCUGUGAGAGGAGGAAAGCGCCUUUUGUGCGGACUGAGGCUCGCGAUGGACUCCUCUUCCUAGUCGGUUUCCAGGGCUGAGCAUCCUACUGAUUCUCCUCUUGUGCUCGCUCUCCCCAGGCUCGCGCAGCGGCUGGACAUUGUGGGUGUGCGUGCUGGAUUGCUCCCUCCCGGAUGUUCCCGGACUAACAUGGAUGUCCCACCAUCCCUUGCAGUGGAAGCUUACUCCUUGGCGCAGUGAGUGAAGAACAUGCAGAGAUUGCUAAUGGGUUUAGGAAGCGAAGCCUCUUUCCUCUGUCUUUGACCAUGCCGUGAUCGCGUCCGCGGCCACUUCUGCACGCAUCCUCCUUCCUGAGCGAACCCGGAGUCUAACGCUAGAUCGGGGGAGUGGGUGCCUGCCGCGCGCGAGGCACAGAAACACCAUGAAGAUUAUUUUCCCGAUCCUAAGUCAUCUAGUCUUAAGGCGCUGCAUUAAACUCCUGCUCUGCUUGCUGUGGAUCGGAUAUUCCCGAGGAACCACUCACGUAUUGAGAUUUGGUGGUAUUUUUGAAUAUGUGGAAUCUGGCCCUAUGGGAGCUGAAGAACUUGCAUUUAGAUUUGCUGUGAACACAAUCAACAGAAACAGAACCUUGUUGCCCAACACCACCCUAACUUAUGAUACCCAGAAGAUCAACCUCUAUGACAGCUUUGAAGCAUCAAAAAAAGCCUGCGACCAGCUAUCUCUCGGGGUGGCUGCCAUCUUUGGACCUUCACAUAGCUCCUCUGCCAAUGCAGUCCAGUCCAUCUGCAAUGCUCUGGGCGUCCCCCACAUCCAGACCCGCUGGAAGCACCAGGUGUCCGACAACAAGGAUUCCUUCUAUGUCAGUCUCUACCCUGACUUCUCUUCCCUCAGCCGGGCCAUCUUAGACUUGGUGCAGUUUUUCAAGUGGAAAACCGUCACUGUUGUGUAUGAUGACAGCACUGGUCUCAUUCGUUUGCAAGAGCUUAUCAAAGCUCCAUCAAGGUACAAUCUUCGACUUAAAAUCCGUCAGCUGCCUGCUGAUACCAAGGAUGCAAAACCCUUACUGAAGGAAAUGAAAAGAGGGAAGGAAUUUCAUGUUAUCUUUGACUGCAGUCAUGAAAUGGCUGCAGGCAUUUUAAAACAGGCAUUAGCUAUGGGAAUGAUGACAGAAUACUACCAUUAUAUCUUUACCACUUUGGACCUCUUUGCUCUUGAUGUGGAACCCUACAGAUAUAGUGGUGUAAAUAUGACAGGGUUCAGAAUAUUAAAUACGGAGAAUACCCAAGUCUCUUCCAUCAUUGAAAAGUGGUCAAUGGAACGGUUGCAAGCACCACCAAAACCCGAUUCAGGUUUGCUGGAUGGAUUUAUGACGACGGAUGCUGCACUAAUGUAUGAUGCUGUGCAUGUUGUGUCUGUAGCUGUCCAACAGUUUCCCCAGAUGACAGUCAGUUCUUUGCAGUGUAAUCGACAUAAACCCUGGCGAUUCGGGACUCGCUUCAUGAGCCUAAUUAAAGAGGCUCAUUGGGAAGGCCUUACAGGUAGAAUAACUUUUAACAAAACCAAUGGUUUACGAACAGAUUUUGAUUUGGAUGUGAUCAGUCUCAAGGAAGAAGGUCUGGAAAAGAUUGGAACUUGGGAUCCAGCCAGCGGCCUGAACAUGACAGAAAGUCAUAAAGGGAAACCUGCGAACAUCACUGAUUCCUUAUCUAAUCGCUCUUUGAUUGUGACCACCAUCUUGGAAGAACCCUAUGUCCUGUUUAAGAAGUCUGACAAACCUCUCUAUGGGAAUGAUCGAUUCGAGGGCUAUUGCAUUGAUCUCCUUAGAGAACUCUCUACAAUACUUGGCUUUACAUAUGAAAUUAGGCUUGUGGAGGAUGGGAAAUAUGGAGCCCAGGAUGAUGCGAAUGGACAAUGGAAUGGAAUGGUUCGUGAACUAAUUGAUCAUAAAGCUGACCUUGCAGUUGCUCCACUGGCUAUUACCUACGUCCGAGAGAAGGUCAUCGACUUUUCCAAGCCCUUUAUGACACUUGGAAUAAGUAUUUUGUACCGCAAGCCCAAUGGUACAAACCCAGGCGUCUUCUCCUUCCUGAACCCUCUGUCCCCUGACAUCUGGAUGUAUGUUCUGCUGGCUUACUUGGGUGUCAGUUGUGUGCUCUUUGUCAUAGCCAGGUUUAGUCCUUAUGAGUGGUAUAAUCCACACCCUUGCAAUCCUGACUCAGACGUGGUGGAAAACAAUUUUACAUUGCUAAAUAGUUUCUGGUUUGGAGUUGGAGCUCUCAUGCAGCAAGGUUCUGAGCUCAUGCCCAAAGCACUCUCCACCAGGAUAGUGGGAGGCAUUUGGUGGUUUUUCACACUUAUCAUCAUUUCUUCGUACACUGCUAACUUAGCCGCCUUUCUGACAGUGGAACGCAUGGAAUCCCCUAUUGACUCUGCUGAUGAUUUAGCUAAACAAACCAAGAUAGAAUAUGGAGCAGUGGAGGAUGGCGCCACCAUGACAUUUUUCAAGAAAUCAAAAAUCUCAACGUAUGAUAAAAUGUGGGCAUUUAUGAGUAGCAGGAGACAGUCUGUCCUUGUCAAGAGUAAUGAAGAAGGGAUUCAACGAGUCCUCACCUCGGAUUAUGCGUUUCUAAUGGAGUCAACCACCAUCGAAUUUGUUACCCAGCGGAACUGUAAUCUGACACAGAUUGGCGGCCUUAUAGACUCCAAAGGUUAUGGCGUUGGCACUCCCAUGGGUUCUCCAUACCGAGAUAAAAUCACUAUAGCAAUCCUUCAGCUACAAGAGGAAGGAAAGCUGCACAUGAUGAAAGAAAAGUGGUGGAGGGGCAAUGGUUGUCCAGAGGAGGAAAGCAAGGAGGCCAGUGCCCUGGGCGUGCAAAAUAUUGGUGGCAUCUUCAUUGUCCUGGCUGCUGGCUUGGUGCUCUCAGUUUUUGUGGCAGUGGGAGAGUUUUUAUACAAAUCCAAAAAAAAUGCUCAAUUGGAAAAGAGGUCCUUCUGUAGUGCUGUGGUAGAAGAACUGAGGAUGUCCCUGAAGUGCCAGCGCCGUCUAAAACAUAAGCCACAGGCCCCAGUUAUUGUGAAAACCGAAGAAGUCAUCAACAUGCACACAUUUAACGACAGAAGGUUGCCAGGUAAAGAAACCAUGGCAUAAAGCUGGGUGGCCAAACACCCAAGCACAAACUGUCGUCUUUUUUUUUUUUUUUUCCCAAACAAUUUAGCGAGAAUGUUUCCUGUGGAAAUAUGCAACCUGUGCAAAAUAAAAUGAGUUACCUCAUGCCGCUGUGUCUAUGAACUAGAGACUCUGUGAUCUGAGCAACUGCAGUGACCAGACUUGAUUUAAAGCAUCAUGGACCAACCAAGUUACACGGGGUUACACUGUUUAUCAUGGGUUCCUCCCUUCUUCUGAGUGAAUGUUACAUACGAACUUUGUGGCAGGUUUCAAAUGCAGUCCAGUGAGAAAUUUCAGGUUCUUCUUUGAAGCCCAACUGCUGCCAAGAGAUGGAAUGUCAGUGUCCAACAGGGUAACAAAUUAAAAUGUUGGCAAGAAAAAAAAAAUGCACGGAACCAGCCAAAACUGUAGUGUUACAAGAUACAGUACAGAUUCCUUAUCAUGCAGAUAACGAAGGUGAUGAUGUUACUAUCUCCCAAUACUCAGUUUAAUUAUGUAUUAAUAGGCAACAUAUGUGUUAUAGAAUGUGAAAGAAUGUUUUGCAAAACACAUCUGAAUUCCAUAUCAAGUGCAAUAUAAAGCAGAUCAUCAUCAGUUAUUUUAAAAAUAUUUUCUGCUGUGUAAUGAAUUGAUAAAGAUGUGGUAAUUAUCAAGGCAAUAAUGUGUUUUUUUUUUUUCCUCAAAUUUCCCAAAGCAGGAAAUUGAACAGGCAACCAAGUCAGAUUCCUGCCUAUCCUCCAGAUGUCCUUUUCCCCAUCCCCCACAAAACAUAUAAAAGUAACAGAUGGUUCAUUAGUCAUGAGUUAAAGACAUGCUGUUUUGCAAUCAUUGUCCUAAGUUAUAAGAGGGCUCAGUAUUGGUGAUCAUACAGAAGACUAAAGCUUUCUUUAUGACACUCUGAUAUGUCAGUCAAAACCCUUGUUCUUGCUAUAACUGAACUUGAAUCCUGGGCAGAUUUUGGUGAUAAGAGAAAUGGGACUUGUCAUCCACAGAAAAGUUUUGCAGAGAACUGAAGCGGACUGCAUUUAUCAAUAGUCACAACGUUAAAUGAACAAAAUUCUUGAGCAGUUUUUUUUUCAAAAAAAUGUUCAGGUUUAUUUGUGGAAAUGCAAGAUUUCUAUGAAAAUAGUUUUUGUAUGGAAAUUUUUGUAAUACUUUUUAUCAACAAACUAAGAACAUGAGUUCCUGUCAGGGGUGUGAUGUCAAGCAUGAAUGGUAGUGCGUGAGCACCACCAACGUUUGGUGAAAACUAUUUUUAUCCAGAAAAGGAAUCAUAGAAGAGAAAUAUUUUCACGUUAGAUAAUAUUAAAGUAGGUGCACUACCACCACUGCUUACCAUGCCACACCCCUGGGUUCCACGAGGCUGAAGACAUGCUGUAAUGACCAAUUGUGUGUAAAAUGGUAAAAAGACACAGAUCUCUUGACAACAUUGUGAAAACAGUUGAGUGCACACAGUUUGCUGUUUGAAUCCAAUGCACAAAUUUAAAAGUCAUUAAAAUUAUGUCCGUUUUACUCUCA